GGAGGGAGUAUUUCUUCUCUUGAUUUUCAUCGUACAGACGAUCUACUUGUCACUGCUAGUGAAGAUGAUUCAGUACGCCUCUACAGUAUUGUAGAUGCCAUAUUGUUGAAGACAAUGUAUCAUAAGAAACAUGGCGCGGACAGUAUCUGUUUCACACAUCAUCCAAGUUCCAUUUUAUGUUCAUCAAGAUACAAUUUGGAGUCUACAAAUGAAUCAUUGAGGUACCUUUCUAUGUAUGACAAUCGAUGCCUGCGUUACUUCAAGGGGCAUAAAAAAAGAGUUGUCUCCCUUUGCAUGUCUCCUAUCAAUGAUAGUUUUAUGUCAGGUUCUCUUGACCACAGUGUUAGAAUCUGGGACCUUCGGGUGAAUGCUUGUCAGGGAAUAUUGCGGUUGCGUGGUAGGCCGACUGUUGCAUAUGAUCAACAGGGCCUUGUUUUUGCCGUAUCAAUGGAAGGCGGCGCUAUUAAGUUGUUUGAUUCACGAUCUUACGACAAGGGUCCCUUCGACACUUUUCUAGUGGGUGGAGACACAGCUGAAGUCUGUGAUAUCAAAUUUAGUAAUGAUGGGAAGUCUAUGCUUUUAACAACAACAAGCAACAAUGUCUAUGUUCUGGAUGCUUACUGCGGGGAUAAGCGGUGUGGAUUCAGUUUAGAGCCAUCUUCUAACAUAACAACUGAAUCUUCUUUCACUCCAGAUGGAAAAUAUGUUAUUUCAGGAUCUGGAGAUGGAACCUUACAUGCUUGGAAUGUAAACAUGAGAAAUGAGGUUGCCUGCUGGAACAGUUCUAUCGGCACCACUACUUGCUUGAAAUGGGCUCCCCGGCGAGCCAUGUUUGCUGCAGCAUCAACAGUCCUCACAUUUUGGAUACCAAAUUUAUCGAAGUUGAAUAACCCUCCCAGCACUGAAGUUUCUGCUGCAUAAUCUUCUCAAGAAAAUUAUUUUAGUAUUUUGGGUUUCUCUUCCUGGCGCCUGAAGGUUGAAAAAAGCAGAUUUGAACUAUAAAAAAAAUUUAGAAAACAAAAAGAAAAUAGUUUCUCAAACAGAGUUGUGAUGAUGACCUGAAAUGUAAAGCAAAGAAGAAGUUAUUCCAAACAGAUUCGUAGGGUCUGUUUGGGGCAGCUGUUAACUUAUUGA